AUGGCGGCGGACUUGGUGCGGGGGCUGCCGCUGUUUGUGCCGCAGCGCGACGUUGGGCUGGAUAUGUUGCGAUGUGGGCUGGCGACGACGUACGAGGCCAAGACAGGCGCCGAGUUCAGCGGCCCGGCUAGCGAGAGGCGGACAUUACUGUCGGAAGACUAUGUUAGUUUUAUCGAAGAGGUUGAAGAAGGCGAAUACUAUGGGAAAGAUGUAGAAAUUGACUACGCCGCCGCCCAAGAAACCGGAAAAUACCAGAAAGUGCACAUGUCGCGACCCAAGGGUUUCUUCCCGCCGCGGAGAGCCUAA